GAUAGUCACUGUUCUGGGAGAGUGGAGGUUCUUCAUAGAGGACAGUGGGGAACAGUAUGUCAUGAUAACUGGAAUAUGAGAGAUGCUGCAGUGGUGUGUCGAGAGCUGGGCUGUGGGGAAGCUGUAGUUGCACAAAGUAAACCUCAUUUUGGUCCAGGAUCUGGCCCGAUCUGGAUGGAUGAUGUGGACUGUAGUGGAUCAGAGUCUACAUUGAAGAACUGUAGAUCAGCAGGAUGGGGUAAACAUAAUUGUGAUCACAGUAAAGAUGUUGGAGUCAUCUGCUUAGGAAUCAGGUUGGUUGGUGGUUCACGCUGUUCUGGGAGAGUAGAAGUCUCUUAUGCAAAGAGCUGGGCCACGGUGUGUGAUGCACACUUUGACCAGCAGGAUGCAGAGGAUGUGUCGAGAGCUGGGCUGUGGGCUUCCUGCGAAGGUGCUGGGAGCAGCUACUUUUGGAAGAGGGGAGGGUCAGGUGUGGUCAGAGGAGCUUCAGUGUAG